ACGUGACAUCGUGUCAAAUAAUAAUAAUAAUAAUAAAAAUGCCGGGGAUCUUGAGGACCGUUGCCAGCCGCGUCGCACCCGUCCUGCGGGGACACACUGUCUCCCAGUCGGCGAAUAUGUACACCAGGCCGGCUAAAGAGAAGAUCAGCUUCGUUGAAUCAUCAAUUGCAUGCGCUGUGUUCUCCGCAACAAUCCUUGGACCCUCUGGAUGGGUCCUGGCUCACCUGGAGGACUACAAGAAGAGGGACUAAAGUGGAAACUAUGUCCGAUGUUGUGCAUCCAGCCUCCGUCUUAUCCUGGGAUCAUCAUCUUAAUUUAAUGCUGGAAAGAUGUUUUUGUUAUCACU